AUGUCGUACACUUCCUACUCCGAUGCUCGCAUGUCACUUGCGUCCUCGUCCAAACCCCGCAAAACACUCCGCUCUCCGGAUCGAGACAUUGCAUUCCGAAGUCAGUAUAUUGCGCGCACCAAAACAAUCCUUGUUCUCCGCCCGUUCGGCAGCCCCCAAUCGGCGGUUUCCUAUAAGAUCACCGAAGAAGACGGAACUCCACAAUUCACUAUCACCGGUCGCAAAUACAGCGACCGAUCAUGUCGUGAAUUCCGUGACUCGUCUGGCCUUCCGCUCUUCGAACUGCAUCGGAAAUGGUACCGCUCGAAUAGUUGGUCUAUCAGUCUACCCGGGUGUGAUGAUGCGACGAUCGCGACGGGGUCUCCACGCUGGUCGUUGGGAAAGACGUCUCUCGGGGACUUUAACCUUUCAUUUGAGAAUGCGGCUGCCUUUGACGGGAAGCGCGAGGAGGAGAAGAUGCUCACGUUAAAUGUGGAAAGGCAUGGAAAUGCGUUGGCGCUGUUUGAUAUCGUGGAUGGGGAUCGGAAGGUGGCAGAGGUUAAGGAGAGCAUUCACCAUAAUGAGAAGUUGAAUCUGAGAGGCUCUAAAACGGGAUAUCGACCUGCUUUGGAUCUUAUCAUAAUGCCUGGCGUGGACAGCUCGAUAGUGAGUACAUUUUAG